AUGAAGCCGUAUCCAAGUAAAGGUACUUGGCAUGGCAACACCAAGCGUAAACUUGGACGUCAAUCAACGAACACAGCUGUCGAAAUCAAGCAAGAAGUUGAAGUGAAAGAGGAACCAAGAGACAGCGCCCAAAUGGUUGAUGUCACACGGCCACCACGAUGGCCACCAUCAGCAGCAGCAGGAAAUGAUGCGAUAGAAUCGAAUGGCGAAACCGACAGAGAGAUGUAUUUCGAAUACGACGAUGAUCAUGUGAAGAAUGAGGACAAAAGUGAAGACGAAUGUUCGAAGAAGGAAUGCGAUUCGGCACAAGAUUCAUGCUCUAAUGGCAACGAUGAUAUGGGCGAUGCACCAGUAGAUAAUGCUGUGCGCAACUCAACACCAAGUUCAAGUGGCAAAGGCGGGCGGCAACACAAGCGCACACCCAAAUCAAAGAAGCCAAUGGAUCGAAAGAAGGAAACCAACGCCAGGGCUUCGAAGAAAGCAGCCAUAAAGCAGCAGAAGAAGCACGUGUGCCGUUUAUGUAAUUACGCUACAUUUCGCAAGCCAAAUCUCACAGUCCACAUUCGAGUUCACACCGGCGAGAGGCCAUUCGUGUGCAAAGUGUGUGAAAAAUCGUUUACACGGAAAAAUAAUUUACAUCGCCAUGAAACAACCCACUAUUCUCAAUUUGAAUUUAGUUGUUCGAAGUGUCGUCAACGAUUUGCUGAACAAAUUGAUAAAACCAACCACGAGGCCAAGUGUCAGCGACGUCCGUACGAAUGCUACGCGUGCAAGUAUACCAAAUUUGAUUUGACACACAUGAAGGUUCACAUGCGCACCCACAGUGGACGAAAGCCAUUUGAAUGUGCUGUUUGCGGUAAAAAGUUUUGUCAGAAGUCCAAUUUGAAACACCAUUUGUCCACACAUGCAAAACCACGUCCAGUACGUUGUUCCAAAUGCUGGAAACGGUUCGCAGAAGAAGACAAGAAGAAUGUACACGAAGGACGAUGCAAUCGCCGUUUUCAUCAAUGUCACUUGUGCAAAGUCAACGCGGCUGGUUUAACACAUCUCAAAUAUCACAUGCGAGCUAAUCACACUGGGGAAAAACCAUUUCCAUGCAAAUUCUGCGAAGCUUGUUUCGUCCAAAAAUCCAACGCUGAUAUUCACAUGAAGCGCCACACGGCGUUUGAAGAAUAAAGUCUAAGCGAACUGAAGAAAAACGAAAACAUCUAUUAUCAUCUACUUUAACCAUGAACAAUUCAAUUCAUCAACAAUCAAAUCUAAAAUGAACGCAAUUAACAAAUCCAAAAACCGAUGGGGCGAAUCCCAUUUUCAACCCAUCACGAAAUAUAUUUUCUUCAAAAUUGUUACGAAUUCUGAACUGUAACCCAAUGAAAUC